GGGAGUUUAUAUUUACAUAUUUGAAAACUACGUAAAAGAUAGUAUAAGUCAGAAUAAUUAUCUAUACGUAUCAAAGAAAGAAAGUCAGGAGCUGAAAGGGCUGAUUUUUUGAUCGAAAAUUUCGCAAGGGAUAAUUGAUCUGGAAAGAAAUCAAAGGGAAUAAAACGCUCUUGGUUGAGCAAUUUGUCCCGUCCCGGGACAGUUCUGGGCGUGUUAGGCAACACUCGCAAAACGCUUGGUGUCCAGCGUUUUCUGAGUUACUUGGUGUUCAGUGAUUUGCAAGUUACUUGGUGUCCAGUGAUUUCCUCUUAUUUUUUUCUUUAAAUAAGUUGUUUCAUGUUGUGUUUGAGUUAUUCCUUCUCGUUUCAGUUCUACAUAAAUUUAGCUUACUCUCGUUUCUUGUAUUAAAAAGGAAUAAAGAUACAGUAAGAGUAUAUUUAUAUUGGGGGCGAUAAAUUUGAAAGGUGCCACAUAAAUCAUAAAAAUUAUGAAGUACUACUAUACUAGAAUAAAUAAAGAAAUAUUGAGAUAUUUCUGGUAGGGGGAAGAGAUCGAAAUGAUAAAAGACAGAAGGUGCACAUCAGAGCGUUAGCAGUAUAGGGUGUGGGAAGAAAGAGAGAGGAUUACAAUAGCCCUUUGUCAUCCACAUACAUCUCUUUAUUCUCUUAAUUUUCCUUUCUCUUCUUCUCUUGUUUCUUUUUUGUUUACCAAAAAAAAAAAAACUAAAUUAACUACUCACUUGUUUGUUUGGGUGAUGCCAAAGGGAAGAAGAAAUUAAACCAGCAUCUGUUGAAGCAGAAAAUAAUUAAGAGAGCCAUCAGACUAUAUAUAGCUAGAUGAAAAAGGUUUUGAUAUUGAUUCAACAAACAUGUCCAUUUUAACUAGUGAAGAAGCUGCUGCAAGUUUAUCUUCUUGCAACAUGAAUAAUGAUACUACUACUGGAGCCUUUUGCUAUCCAUCUCGGCAGCACUUAGCUACUCCCCAAUAUCAAAAUUCACCACAACAAAUCAAGAAAAAGAGAAACCAGCCAGGCAAUCCAGAUCCAGAAUCAGAAGUGAUAGCUUUAUCACCCAAGACACUAGUGGCAACCAACAGAUUCUUUUGUGAAAUUUGUAACAAAGGAUUUCAAAGAGACCAAAAUCUACAACUCCAUAGAAGAGGUCACAAUUUACCAUGGAAGUUAAAGAAGAGAGAAAAUAAAGAAGUUGUAAGGAAGAAAGUGUAUAUUUGUCCAGAGUUGAGUUGUGUGCAUCAUGACCCAUCUAGGGCAUUAGGGGACCUUACUGGAAUUAAGAAACAUUAUAGCAGAAAACAUGGUGAGAAGAAGUGGAAAUGUGAGAAAUGUUCAAAGCGUUAUGCUGUUCAAUCUGAUUGUAAAGCUCACUUCAAGACUUGUGGCACUAGAGAAUACAAAUGUGAAUGUGGGACUAUUUUUUCAAGACGAGAUAGUUUCAUCACACACAGAGCAUUCUGCGACACUUUAGCUGUGGAGAAUGCAAGAAUAUCAGCAUCAAUAACUGGAAAUCCAACAAUUUUACCAUCUCAAAUGAACCUCCAGUUCCAAAAACCUCACUACUUCAACAGCCAUGACCAAAUUCCAGCUACAUUUUCAAUGAAAAAAGAGCAGCCUACUAGUGAUUUCAGACAUAUUGAUAUUCCUCCAUGGCUAAUGAUGACUACUAAUUGUCAACCAUUUGCUGGAGAUGGAACAGCUUCUGGGUCUACACCACAAAAUAAUUUUAGCUCAUCUUCAGUAUUCUUCCCAGCUGCUACUAGGUUAGAUCAACAAUACACGCACAAAGAUUUAAAUGAUCUUCAUGACAACCCAAACCCUAAUCUCCCAGAACCUAGGUCAGGUUACCAUUCAACAGGAGAAUCAGCUGCAGCCUCUCCACACAAUAUUUCUGCAACUGCAUUGCUGCAGAAAGCAGGUCAGUUUGGUGCUACAAUUAGUAACAAAGCAAGUGCUGUCGUCUCUGCUGCUACUUAUAACACAGGUCCAACCUUGUUGAUGAGACAAAUACCCCACAAUACUCACGUGUCUGUUACUAAUACUACUGCUUCUGCUACCAAACAAAUUCAUCAGAAUAAUUUGUCAUCACGUGAAGAGCAGAUGAUGACAACUAGCACUACUAUUACUACUACUACUGGACCUGCAAAUAUAAGUGGCAUCAUGACAUCUUUUUCUAAUUUUGCUAAUGGGUUUGAAGGGUCAACGACGUUUGAAGAAGAUGCAAUAUUAUUCAGUACUGGAUUUACCAAUUUGAAUUCCAAGAAAGAGGAUGAUGAUCAUCAGCUGUAUGAGGAGGAUAUGACUAAGGAUUUCUUGGGUUUAAGACCUCUUUCUCAUACUGAUCAUGACAUUUUCAACAUUGCUGGUCUUGUUAAUAGUACUACUGAACAUGAUGAUGAUCAGUUUAAAAUUCAUAAAACUUGGCAAAGUUAAUUAGCUUAAUUAGAAUAAUUAUUCUCUUUUUGUUGUAUAUAUUGUACACCGCAGACAAAUUAAAAGAUUAAUUCUUGUUGGUGGUA